AUGUUGUUAAUCAAGCUUUGGCAUAAGGCGGCAGCUCAGCGAGCGAGCGAGCGAGCUAGGCAGUGGGAGUCAGCUAGGCGUUGCUCCUCCAUUCUGCCUGCGUUGGCAUUCUCAACUUUUGUGUACCCGGUGUUGGUGUUCACGUACGGUGGCCAAAUACCUUACUUGAUCAAACAUCCUGACCAAAUUAGCACUGCUUUCUACAAUGCUAUUCCUAAGCCAGUUUAUUGGCCGAUGUUUGUUGUGGCCACCUUGGCUGCAACUGUCGCUAGCCAGGCUAUGGUGUCGGCUAGCUACUCCGUCGUCAAGCAGUCUCUGGCUCUCGGCUGCUUCCCCCGUGUCAACGUGAAGCACACUUCAUCCAAACACGAAGGGCAAGUCUACUUGCCCGAAAUCAACUACAUUCUUGUGAUCAUUUGCAUUUCUCUUGUGGUGGGAUUCAGAGAUGGUGUUCAAAUAGGAAAUGCUUAUGGAGUGGUGAUUAUCUGGGUGAUGAUCAUAACAACGUUUUUGGUGACUCUAGUGAUUCUGGUGACCUGGGAUCUCAACGUUUUUCUCACCAUUGCAUUUUUCGUUCCUUUUGUACUGAUUGAAGGCGCCUUUGUGAUAUCAUUGCUGGAGAAAAUACCACAAGGAGGGUGGGUACCUUUCGCUAUCUCGGCAUUCUUCAUGGUAAUCAUGCUCAGCUGGACGACGACGGGUAGGAGUAGGAAGAAUGCUUAUGAUAUAGAGAGGAUGAUGAAAGCAGAUGAACUGAAUCAAAUGCUAUCAAGGAGCAGCAGCAGCAGUCUUCAUCGUUCACCCGGCAUCUGCUUCUUCUGUGCUGACCUUGUCAAUGGAAUCCCCACAAUCAUCCGACACUACAUUCAACACACCAACUCUGUUCGAGAAAUCAUGAUCAUCGUCACAGUUAGGACUCUCCCCAUCAAGAUGGUGCUCCCGGAGGAGCGUUUGGACGUGGGCAAGCUAGGAGGAAUCGAAGGAAUUUACAGGUGCUUGGUUCAAUAUGGAUACAAGGACCCAACCAACCCGGAGAGAGACGACUUCGUUGCUUCUGUCGCCGAUGGAAGUGCAGAGGCUAGAGGCUGGAAGGCACAUGGGGCCGUGUUCGUGCCUGGCAGGACCAUCCUCAAGUCAAAAGAGAGCAAUGGGUGGUUCAGCCAUUUAAUCAAUCGACGGCCUCCAUCGCUUCUUCCAAAAGAAUUCGAGGUCUGCUGUUUCUCAAACUGCCUCCAGGGAAGACAAUACAGGUUGGAAUGCUCUAUGAAAUCUAAGACCACCUAA